UGGGCAUCUACCGCCCAUUCUCCAAAAAUCUUUUGGUUUUCAGGCUUCAUACACCCAAUUGCUUUUUUAAACGCUGUGCUACAAACAUUUUCAAGGAAUAAUGGGAUAUCUAUGGAUCUUUUAUCAUGGGAUUUCAGUGUAAUGACCGUAGAUGAUAGCAAUAUUGUUUCAGCUCCUAAGGACGGUGUCCUGGUGAAAGGUUUGUAUCUGCAAGGUAUUUAUAGCACGCCUUGUUAUUAUUGUCCUAAUCGAGAAGGUUUAAAAGAUCGUAUUUCGUUCGUUGUAGCAAUUGAUUUGAAAAGUGGUGAAAAAAGUCCGGAGCACUGGGCGAAAAGAGGUACAGCGGUUUUAAUGAGUCUGGAUUCAUGA